GUCUGGGGCUGCCCUCUGCCCAGCGGGGUACAGGAGCGCAGCUUCUCUCUGGGGGAGCUCUGACACCCUCAUGCCCCACCCCCACCGGGUACUCAACAUCCUGCACCUGAGGCCUUGAGGACACAAGUCAGACCCACGACGAUGACCUGGCUGGUCCCUGGGCAUUGCCAGCCUCCUGGUUUACCCUGCCACCUCAGCCUGUUUGCAGCAUCUGGAGCCACUGCACACCUAGACUGGUGCCCGGACUCCUGCUGCAGGUAAGCACACAGCCUCAGAGCAGUAAAGGCUGGGGUGAGACCCCAGGGCAUGAGGGAAGGUCCCCAGCUGGAGAACCCUAGUGGCUCAAGCACCCUGGAUACCUGGCCCAGCCCACACAGCUGACCCGUGCCCCUCGGCCUUCAGCAGCCAUCCUCCUCUGCUGACCCCAGAACCACCUCGCCCUUCCGUGCCUGCCCUGGGAGGCCCCAUGCUGCCCAAGUUUCAGCCACGGUGCAGGCACGGACACACGCUACCCCUGCAUCCUAGGUGGGAAUGUUGGGGAUGGGCAGGCAGCUUCUAGGGAAGGGGAGGGAAGAAGAGGCCUUCUGAGAAUGAGAGGAAACAACUCGCUGGAGGAGGAAGGGGCCAGGCCCUUGGAGCAGGGGCAGCGUGACUGCCUGGGAAGAACCCCAGAGGCAGGGGACAGCACCGACCAGCAACUCCCUGGGGAAGGCCCGCACCCUCUGCCCCCAAGCCACUGCAGGGAGAUGGCUCUAGGGAGCAGAGGGCCCCCUCCAGUACCACCUUGGCGAGGUGGGAGCAGGCAGGAAGCCGAGCCUAGGGACACAAGCGCCACCUGUUCUCAAGUCCCUGCUGUGCCUCUGGGUAGCUACCCAGCUCUGGCCCCGUUUCUUCAUCUGUAAAGAGGGUGUCACAUCUGUAAAGUGGUGGUGAGGAGGCAGGGGGUCACGGAGCUGUGCCUGCAUCUGUGCCUCUCUAAGUGGGUCAGCAGGCCGCCACAGGUAGCAUCCGCCAUUGCUAAGGGCCACGACGUGGGCUCAGUGAUACCUCCUGAUAACCUCAAGAAGAUGCCAGCCAGGCCCACUCAGCAAUGAGGAAGCCAAGGCCCAGAGCGGUGAAGUCACUAGCCCAAGGUCACACAGCUGGGCUGGGGAGGAACCGGCAACUGAAACAGCAGUGUGUCCUCCCUGAGACUCGUCCCCCCAUCCCUGCCCACUGCCCCCACCAGGAGUGCCCAGGUCUGUGUGAGCCCCGGCCCCAUCCCACUCCUGGGGUGCACUGUGGCACCGGAGUGCCAAGUCCUAGAGAGCAGCAGGAUAGGCUGCUGCUGGGAGGGGCGGGGACAGGCGGGCAAACCGGUCAGGCGGGCGGUGCUUGGGCACCAGUUGGGCUUGCGCGACAGACAGUCCUGUCCUGGGGCUGGCCAGGCAGCUUGGCCACGGGCAGGGAGCUGGGGCCUCGAGGCUGCCACCAGGUAAGUCCAGGGACCGGGGUGGGAGGUAGCAGGCAGGGCCCCUCACCCUCAUCACCCUGGGGCCUGCCACCCCACCUUCACCUGCCCCUGCCGGGCGGAAGCACCCUUCCUGCCUCUGCUUGCCAGAGCCCCUGUGCCUGCCACACUGCAUUCAGGGAGCCGCUCCCCAGAUGACCCCCACAGUUUCACUGCUCCCCGGUUUCUCUUCCCCAUUUCCCUCUCAAUUCAGCCUUCACAGGUACCAGUCACCCUGGGUGUCCUGGCUGCUUCCCAACUCAACCGCAUCAGCCCCCACGUCCCCGGCCUCGUCUCCUAAUGCUACUGGGCCCCCCUGCUUCUUCCCGCUGUCUGCCUCACCUCUGUCCCCCCCAGGGCCAAGCCCUCUCCAUCCUCCUGUGUGCUGUGCCCACCUCUCCCACCUGGGCCCCCAUCCUGGAACAUGGGACCUAACCACGGCCGCAGAGGGCCGUCCUGAGGCAGGCUGGCAGCGACCCCGAGCUCAGCGCGCAGCCACUUCACAGGGCAGUCGGCUCACUGUAUCCCUCGCCCAGGAGCAGGCGCCCGAGGCUGCCACCCGCCAUGCAGAAGCACUACAGCGCCCACUACGCCAAGAGAGCCCAGAACCCCACCGAAUCCUGCUGCCUGGAUCCAGAGUUAGGGCACAAAAAAGGUAAGGCUCUGGGGUGUAGGGUCAUGGCAGGAGAAAGGAAGUGGGGAGCACCAUUGAGUGGAUGCUGCCAGCGCCCUCUGAAGAGGCUUUUAUUGUUUGGGGAUGAUUUUUUUUUUUUUUUUUUUUUUUUUUGUCAGUUGAUUGAUUAGUGCUGGGGACUGAACCCAGAGCUUCAUACAGAGCUACAUCCCCCGGCCUUUUUAUCUUUUUUUUUUUUUUUUCCUUCUUUUUCACUUUGAGAUAGGGUCUCAUCAAGUCACUAAAUUCCUCAGGCUGGGCUUGAACUUCAGCCUCCCAGAAGGCUAGGAUAACUGGCUUGUGCCACCACAGCCACCUUAUGUUUUGUUUCAUGUUUGAAAUGGAGCCUGGCUAUGUUGCCCAGGCUGGCCUCAAACUCCUGAGCUCGAGGGAUCUUCCUGCCUCAGCCUCCCAGCAUUGGGACUACUGGAGUUUGUCCCCACCAUCAGCUGGUACGGCUGAGUGUAGAGUUCUUGGUAUGGUGAGGCCCAAGAGGCUGGCACAGAUCCCGGAGUCAAAGGCAGAAAGCUGCUCUGCAGAUGGGUCAGCCAUCUGGCACUGUUAGCAGGGGUAGCCCCCUGACCUUUGGGAGUGGUAUAGAAGAGGAGGGGAGCUCCCAUGGAGUCUCUGAAUGAGUUAGGACAGUUACCUCCCACUGGGGCUGACUGAAUCAGCACCCUCCUGAGCCCCGACAGGGCCCGCCCCUCCCUCCUGAAGCUGGCUGUCCCCACCUGUCACUCUGGCUGCUCUGGCUCAGCCAGGUCACUUCUCUGGGGAUUACUCUCAGCACCCCUCCCACCCGUGGAGACCCGCCCUGGGUCCCCCUGGCUUUUCAGGACCAGCUGGACUCUCCUGGUUUGUGCCAGUGCCCAGGGUUGGGGGCCCAGGCCCAGUCACCCUACUUCCUUCUUUCCAGGAUGCUGUCACCAGUGGCGCCAGGACCCAGCGGCCCCUCGAGCCCAUGGGCCCUGUCGGCUGUCCCCCCAGUCACACUGGCAGCAGGCCUACUACAGCCACCGGGGCUGUGGCAGUGGCUGGCACCGGGGCCCCAAGGUCCCCGUCCUACAGCAGCAGAAGCAGCGGCAGCCCCAGCUCCCACCUCCCAGCCCUGUGCGGCAGCGGCUCAGCCUGGUUCACAGGGCCCAGAAAGGGCCGCCCACAACUGCCGCUGCCCCCACGAGACCAGCCAGCGCCCCCCAGCCACUCCCUAUGCCCUCUGCAGCACCCGCCACAGCACCCACCACGACCAGCAGCAGCCCCGAGCUGCUCUCCACAGCCCGCACCCGCCUGGAGCCCAGCGAGCCCACCAGUGCCCGGCCCCUGCCCGCCCCGGCAGCCUGCGGCUCCUUCACCUCCUUCGGCACCGGUGCUCAGCCAGGCCUUCUCGGGGGCUCUGCCUGGCUCCUGCCUUGCUUCUGCCUGGGCUUCUUGCUCCCUGGCUGGCACCUCCAGGCUCCCUCCCCAUCCUUCACUCUGCCCCCUGCCCCUGCCUGCCCUGUCCACCUGUCGGGGUCCAUGGCUUCCAGGCCAGGCCUGUGCUGGGCAGCAAGGGCUUCCCUCCUGCCCCCCUCUACCUCAUGGAACCUGGGCUCUGCUUUCUCUUCCCAGUCCCCCACCCCUGGCUGGGCAGGGUGGUACGAGGACAUGGGGCAGCCUGGCGUGGGGGAGACAGGCCCUGUGUGGAGCUGCCACGAGAGACAUCCUGACGGAGGAUGACGUCUACUGCAGCUGUCUGGCCAAGACUCUCUGCCACGUGCCCGUCCCCGUGACCGUGGGUUUCUAUGCCCCCUUCGGCUGUCGACUGCACAUGAUGCUGGACAAGAUCACCAUGCUCAUGCAGCAGGAGGCGACGCAGCGCGAGCUGGAGGAGCUGCAGCGCGUGCAGUGGCAGCCGCGGCAGGUGCGAGGCUGGGGCUACCCGCGGCUGCUGUGGUACCUGGUGUUCCUGCAGCCCAUCAUCACCGAGGUGCACCUGCGGCGCAAGAACGUGCAGUUCCUCUUCAUCCGCUUCAGCGCCUGGCAGUACGCAGGCACGGACAAGCUGUGGGCCGGGCUGGUGACCACGCUCUGCGAGGGCAUCCGCCACCACUAUGGUGCGCUGCCCUUCAGUGUGUACUCCGUGCUGGGCAACAAGCCAGCCACGUCGCCAGGAUUGUGCCAGCGCGAGUGGCACUGCCGGCGCCGCGUGUGCCUGGCGCUGCUGGCGCUGCUGGCGGCGCUGGCCCUGGGCGUGGGUCUGCUCUACCUGUCCCUCGGCGGCCCCAGCCACACAGCCGCCGGCGGCGCUAACCGCACAGCCUCCAGUGGCAGCUUGCUCAAGAUAUUCGGCGGCGCGGCCACCACACUGUCUGGCUCCGGGCUGCUCAUGGCUGUGUACUCGGUGGGCAAGCACCUGUUUGUGAGCCAGCGCAAGAAGAUCGAACGGCUGGUGACGCGCGAGAAGUUCGGCAGCCAGCUGGGCUUCAUGUGCGAGGUGAAGAAGGAGGUGGAGCUGCUCACCGACUUCCUGUGCUUCCUGGAGAUCUACCAGCGGCGCCGGCUGCGCGUGGUGCUCGAGGUCACGGGGCUGGACACGUGCUACCCAGAGCGCGUGGUGGGCGUGCUCAAUGCCAUCAACACGCUGCUGUCUGACAGCCAUGCGCCCUUCAUCUUCAUCCUGGUCGUGGAUCCCAGUAUCCUGGCUGCCUGCCUGGAGAGCGCCGGCAACAUGAAGGGCACGGCGGACAACGGCUACCUCUUCCUCAACCGCACGGUCACACUGCCCUUCUCCGUGCCCAUCAUGGGCCGCCGCACCAAGCUGCAGUUCCUGCAUGACGCCGUGCAGAGUCGCGAUGACCUGCUCUUCCGCGAGAUCACGCGCAAGCUGCGGCAGGCCGAGAGCCAGGCCAGCGAGGGCGCGCAGCUGCUGGCCGUGGAGACGCAGGCGGAGGCCGAGCGCACGCAGGGCCGCAUCGACGCCGAGGCAUCGCGUCGCAUCCAGGAGGCGCUCUUCUGCCUGCACAACGAACACGACUGCCUGUACGAGUUUGUGCCCGAUAACGUGGUGUCCAUGCGGCGCAUCGUCAACACGGUACCCAUCACCGUGCGCCUGCUGCAGCAGCAGCAGCAGGCCAACGUCGUGGGCCCCACGCCGCGCCAGGCCGUGGCGUGGGUCGUGCUCGCCAACCAGUGGCCCUGCCGCCUCAGCUGGGUGCUGCAGUGCCUGGAGGACAAACAGCAGGCAGGCGGCGAGCCCCAGGCCAGCGCGCGUCUCUGGGACGUUUUCUGCGACAACAGCCACGAGCUGCACAGCAUGACCAAGGCUCUGCAGAACGUGCUGGACCUGGAUGGCGACCCUGAGCUCUUUGAACGCUUCCUGGGCUCCGACUUCCCCUUCACUGUGGCCGAGGCGCAGUGCCUGCUGCGCUGCACUGUUAACCUGGACCACUCCAUCCGCCGCCGCAUGGGGCUCAUCCGGGCGAUCAGCGCACUCAAACCACCCAGCCCGCCCAAGUCCCCUGCCCAAGAUGCACCUUUUGCUGCCCGCAGAGCCACUACCACCACCAUGGGGGCAUCCCCGAGAGGCCCUGUGGCACAGCAAACAACUGAAAACCACCACCCCCUGGACCGGGCCCAUGAGGGCAAGCCGAGGCCGGCAGCCUGAGCCACCUCACUCUGGAUGGAUGAACCUAGUGGGGCAGCAAGCCGUCCACUGUCCCCUCGAGGGCGUAGGGGCCACACACCCCAGGUCGCUCUGGCUGCAGUGCCAGUGCCUCCCAGCAGGGAGGAAAGGUGCCCUGAGGAAGCCAGGGCUCAAGUGCAAUAAAUGGUGUGCAAAGCCCUCCAGUGGACACGGACGUCCUGGCUCCCUGGCUUGGUGAGGACUGGGCACCUGGCCUGCCCUGCCCUGCCCACUUCUUCCGCAGGAGCCAGGCCUCUGAGGCAUGCACUGGCAGCCAAAGCUGGCAUCUGGUUCGCAGGAGAGCUGCGGGGGCGGUGGGCGAAGCAGAGGAGAUAAAGGGCAGGUUGACUCAGGCAAACAGGAGUGCCAGGCCUCGGGGAAUCUGGGUCCUUGUCCCUGUGACCUUGCCUGUCUUCUGUGGCAUUUCCAGGUGCCGCACCCACUGACUUCACAAGGUUGCUCCACCCUCGCUAUGCAGGAUGGUGGCACUGUCACCCCAAGAGUAACUGUCCAGGAGUGCCCCUGGGGUCACAGUAGGGCUGCUUAGUGCCAUAGGCUGGCCACUGACACUGAAGUCACCUGAUCAGCCCCUUCAUGAGGACUAGUGAUUGAGACACUCCAGGACAGAGUCUGAGCCAGCGGCUGGGCUUGUUAGGGCUGGGCUGGGUGCUGCCAGCUUGCUCCUCACCCGCCUCUUCCAGCAGUGGGAAUGGCCUCAUGCCCAAGUUCCUAAGUCUUUAUCUGGCAAACAGCCCCACACACGGGCCUCUAGGGUUCUUGGCCCCAUCAGGAAGCAGUGGGGACCAGAAGCCAAGGGCAUGACUUCCAGGUCAGUCCCCAGGAGACCAGAGCCCAGAGAGCUCUGUGAAGGUGCCUCCCUCAGGCCAGCCCAGGGCUCAGGACGGGGGCGCUGGCCCCAUCUGCCUUCCCUCUCAGGCCUGGCCUGCCCUUCAGGUGACAGUGUGUGUGGCUAACAGGUCAGAACCCCAGUAACUAUCAGGGACAGAGGCCCAGCUGCUGGAAUGAGUGUGGGCCUGCUGGGGUCAGGCCUCCAAUCUAAGGGGAGCCUGCCCAAGGAUUGAAGCCCCCAGGACAUGGGCCUCGUGGCUGCAUCUGUUGGUGUGGCCAUGGCUGUGCUGGGGUUGGCACACGGCUGUCCCCUUUGGCUUUGUCAGGCUAGUUUGAGGUGGGCUCGUUUCUCAUGGCCCAGUGCUGGCUUCAGGAAGCGGGCUCUGGGGGAGCAGGCCCCAGGUCACAGCUGCCCGGGGCCUGCAGUUGCUGUUGGAUGGUCCCCAGCAGUGGCCAGUCUGUCACCCUUCUUGUCACAAGGCUCUGCUAAAGCUGGUGUUCGGGAGACUAUAAAACAGGAGCAGGAUGUCAGGGGGCUCCUGGGGCUGAGGUGGCCAUGCCCACCAGGGCCCAUGCUCCCCUGGGUGUGGAGCUUCUGCAGGAAUUCACCACCCUUUGACAGGUGCUGCAGGUGACCGCGCCUUUGCCAUGGCAGCCAGGAGUGUGCGGGUAUCUCGUGUGGUGUCUGCUGUGUUCUGGUGUUUUGUGUUAUGACAGUGUGCAUCUGUGAAUUCCCACGUGACUAUACUGACUGGCAUUGUGGUGUUGUGUCCCCCCACCCACCAAGGGGGCAGGGAUGUCAACCCAGGUGACAAUAAAUAAGCACUUGGGGAA